AACACAUAGUUUCAGUGCAAGUGCAAACUCACCACCGUAUCAAAAAUAAAAUAAAAUAAAAUAAUAUAUAUAUUUUAUUUUUCUAUAUUUGUUUUAUUUUUAUUUAUUUAUAUAUUGUAAACGGAAUGAGAUUAUGAGCUAAAUUAUAUCAUCCUCAUCAGCUAUGGGCUGUGUGCUCGGAAAAACAGCAGAUCGCCGGUCAAGGUCAACCACCGGUCACCGGAACACCACCGAAGAAUCUCAAUCCGCUGCCACGUCAUCUACUCAGCCUACACAUAACUUGGAACAAGAACAAGUUGUUCGGGUUGAUAAAACCGAUAGUAAGAUCCGGCAAAAUUCCGGAAGUUCUUACCGGCGUAAACAUAACCCGGAGUUUAGCUUGAAUGCUCCUCCGGUAUGGCCGUCGUGGCUCACCUCCGUCGCCGGUGACGCCAUCAAGGAUUGGACUCCUCGUCGUGCUAAUACUUUCGAAAAACUCGACAAGAUAGGGCAAGGGACAUAUAGCAAUGUAUAUAAAGCAAGGGAUUUAAUAACAGGGAAAAUAGUAGCAUUGAAGAAGGUUAGAGUGGAUACUUUAGAGCCAGAGAAUGUUAAAUUUAUGGCAAGAGAGAUUCUUAUUCUGAAAAAGCUUAAUAAUCAUCCCAAUAUUAUUAAGCUUCAAGGCUUGGUUACUUCCAGAUUGUCUUGUAGUCUUUAUCUUAUUUUCGAGUACAUGGAACAUGAUCUUUCUGGUCUUGCUGCUGUUCAAGGUGCCAAGUUUACCGAGCCCCAGAUUAAGUGCUUUAUGAAACAGCUGCUUUCCGGGCUUGAACAUUGUCAUAAGAAUGGUGUGUUACAUAGAGAUAUCAAGGGAUCGAAUUUGUUGAUUGAUAAUGACGGAAUUCUGAAGAUAGCGGAUUUUGGAUUGGCUACUUUUUAUGACCCACAGAAUAAGAUACCAAUGACUAGCCGUGUUGUUACUCUUUGGUACCGACCUCCCGAGCUCCUUCUCGGGGCAACUUAUUAUGGUGUCGGUGUUGACAUGUGGAGUGCGGGUUGCAUUUUGGCAGAGCUUCUUGCUGGCAAACCAAUAAUGCCAGGACGAACAGAGGUUGAACAAUUACACAAAAUAUUCAAAUUAUGUGGUUCUCCAUCAGAGGAAUAUUGGAAGAGGUCCCGUUUGCCUAAUGCUACUUUAUUUAAGCCACAACAGCCAUACAGGCGUUGUACGGCAGAGACUUUUAAGGAUUUCCCACCUUCUUCCCUUCCUUUAUUAGAGAAUCUUCUUGCAAUUGACCCUGAUGAACGCGGCUCUGCUGUUGCAUCCCUGAACAGCGACUUCUUCAACACUAAACCAUAUGCUUGUGAGCCAACAGAACUACCAAAGUUUCCCCCCAGUAAAGAACUGGAUGUGAAAUUGCGGGAUGAAGCAGCUAGAAGACAAAGAGGUAUGAAUGGAAAAUCUCAAGCUGUUGAUGGAAAUAAAAAAACAAGAACCCGUGAUCGUGUUGCCUGUGCAGUUCCAGCUCCAGAGGCUAACGCAGAAAUCCAAUCCAACUUAGAUAGAUGGAGAGUUGUAAAUCAAUCAAAUGCCAAAAGCAGAAGUGAGAAAUUUCCACCUCCCCAUCGAGAUGCAGCUGUCGGGCAUCCUCUUGACCCAUCAGAGAAUGGUGGGGCAGUUUCAUUCAGUGCAGGUGAUGACACAUCAUUUAGCUCAUCUGUUUUUGACUCAAAAUCUUCAAGAUCUGUCAAAGAAUCCGGGACCAUGGGUGGGUCAUCAAAGAGAAAACAUAGAAGGGAACGAUCCCAAACAAUAUCGUCCAGUAAGUUCAUUCGGGCCUUCCUACCAACAACAAUUAGUCUAAAUAUGGAUUUAAGAUUCAGAAGUAAAGAUUCAGUUUUUCGCAACCGAAGGAGACAAUAAAUGGAGUUUAAGUUUAUAUUUUUGUGUUAUAUAUUGACAUUCAUUUCCAGUCUCGUAGUUUUAUGAAUGCAAUUCAAUUUGUUGCGGGUUUUCUUUCAAACCCUAAAGUGUAUAAUUUACGAACCUGUACUUGUUUUGUACAGUCUGGUCAGGUUUUGUAUGCGAAAAUAUCCACCUGGAUUAUCGUUUUACGGUUGAGGUCUAUUGAUCUUUGUAGAGAUCAUCAUUCUAAUAGGACGUUAAUAUAAGAACCUUUUUUUUUGUUC